CAUCGCAAAAUCGUCUUUACGUACGUAAGAGCAAAGCGAUUCUCUCAUUUCCUUAAUAUCGAAAUGGUGACUGCAGACUUCAAAUCCCUACUACCAGUUAUCGACAUCAGUCCUUUACUAGCCAAAUGUGAUGAUUCCGACAUGGCUAAGGAUGCCGGGGUUGCGGAAGUUGUCAAAAAACUAGACAGGGCAUGUCGGGACGUCGGAUUCUUCUACGUGACUGGUCAUGGAAUAUCGGAUGAUCUUAUAAAGAAGGUGAGAGAGGUGACACAUCAAUUCUUCGAGCUUCCUUAUGAAGAGAAACUUAAGAUCAAGAUUACUCCAGCUGGUGGUUACAGAGGAUAUCAGAGAAUUGGAGUAAAUUUUACGAGUGGGAAACAAGAUAUGCACGAAGCCAUUGAUUGUUACAGAGAGUUCAAGCAAGGGAGGUAUGGGGACAUUGGAAAGGUCUUGGAAGGGUCAAACCAGUGGCCAGGGAAUCCUCAAGAGUACAAAGAUUUGAUGGAGGAGUACAUUAAGCUAUGCACAGAUCUUUCCAGAAAUAUCUUAAGGGGCAUCUCCUUAGCCCUUGGUGGAUCACCUUAUGAGUUUGAGGGAAAAAUGCUUAGAGACCCUUUUUGGGUAAUGCGUAUCAUUGGUUAUCCAGGUGUAAACCAAGAAAAUGUUAUUGGAUGUGGAGCUCACACUGACUAUGGCUUGUUGACGCUUAUAAAUCAAGAUGAUGAUAAAACUGCUCUUCAGGUGAAAAACGUGGACGGUGAUUGGAUACCAGCUAUUCCGAUCCCUGGAUCGUUUAUCUGCAACAUCGGUGACAUGUUAACGAUACUAUCAAACGGAGUUUACCAAUCCACACUACAUAAAGUAGUCAAUAACUCUCCUAAAUACCGUGUUUGUGUUGCAUUCUUCUACGAGACUAACUUCGAGGCGGAGGUGGAGCCACUGGAUAUCUUCAAAGAGAAGUACCCAGGAAAAGAAACAUCUCAAGUUGCCAAAAGAGUCGUCUAUGGACAGCAUCUGAUUAACAAAGUCCUGACUACCUUUGCAAAUUUAGUGGAAAACAGUUAAUAUGGUUGGUUGGCUUUGGAGUUUGGAUGGUAAUUGUUUACCUAAGUUGGAUUUCGAGUUUUAAUAAAAUAAAAUAAAGUUC